AUGCGUCCCUCGGUGGCGAAUGGCGACACCUAUAUACCCUGCGUUCUUUUGCAACGGACUCUACGUGGCUUGCGCCACCGCACCCCUUUUAACGUGUGUGAAUGCGUUUCUCUCGUCUCGUUCGAGGGUUGUCAAUAUUAUUUUUCUUGGUUCUUCCGUUUCUCAGAAAAUGUGCCCGAAUUGUGACAGCCUGAGAAAUUUUUUAAUAGUGUUUUACUGGGAAAAAAAAAGCGAUUCAGUGGUAUCCGAAAAAGUUGGACUUCACACCCCGAAUAGAGGAAAAGCUUGAUAAAACCGAUCGAAAGCUAGCUUGGGACAAAAGAAACAUUCCAGAAACGUCUAAACCUCUACUUCACCUCUUUUUUCGGGUUUUCUCAUCAAAAAUUUUCUAAAGGCCGUGUUGAAUGAAAAAAAACGUGAGUUCGAUAGUUGCCGUUACGAGUUAUCUUUAUUCAAAAGAAAAGUUUUGAAUAUUUCUUAACCUAAUCUUGCCUUUUAUAAUCUAUAACUCUCGAGAGUUAGUGACAUCACAAAAUAAGAAGAUCAUGAGAACUCUUCACGCAUCACAAGAUUUGAGGAUUAUUCUUUUUUCGCUCCUUGUUUGCAUGUCUCACCUAACUUUUUUCGCUAUAAAAGGGACUCAAAAAGUAAAAAGUGUUAAAUGGCAACAUUGAAAGUUUUUGCAGCCUUUUUGGCAUUUUUCGCUAUCGCCAACUGUCAACUCCGCGAGAAGAAUGACGUCAUCGAACGAUUCCUAUGGCUCGUUUCUGAUUUCCUCAACUACCAACAGCUCUCCAAGGUCUACAGAUCAUUAUCAGGACCUCGUAAGUCACAGAUUUCAGGCGGUCGACAUUGUCGCUCUCGGAAUUCACAAAGGAGAAAACGCCAGCCAGAUAAGACAAGGUUAGCGAAAAAAAAGCUUCCAACACGAUUAAUAACAGACGUCGAGCGCUAUUUGAAACACGUUCUGGAAGGGGAACAACUCGCCCUCGUCACUCAAUCUUAUAGUCGUGGGUUUUAAGCAAAAUUUGCUUUCAUGCCGAAUCCUCUAAAAAAUGACAAAAAAAUUGAACUAGAUUGAUUGACUAAAUGUCUCAAACUUCAAAACUGUCUUCAAGAAUACACGCUUUCAAAAGCAGGCGACUUACGGCGUUUUGAACCUUUAAAAAUUAAAACUCUGGGUAUUUUAGGAUGUCGGUCUUUAUUAAUCAUAACUUUUAGAAAAGUUGAAAUUAAUUCUCUUGUGUUUUUUUAUGCUUACUUUUCGGUUUCCAGGGCUGAGUUUCCAGAUAUCAGCAGGAAAUUUUCAACUUAGAGAAACUUGCAGAGCUGACCAAGGAAUUGGGCAAAGAAAAGGCGGACGCGGCACUUGCUCGAGCUGCUCAAAUCGUCGGUUACACUUUGGAGGCGCCGAUGCGACAGGUGCGCAGCCUCUGAUUCAUUCACAGCCCAAGAAGGCAGUGCUGCAGAUCCAGAAGACAAGCGCAACGCCAUCUGCGGCCUAUGCGAUGAUGUCGCAAGUUCUGAACCCAGAACUCGUCCUUCGCAUCAAGAUUUUUGUCCGCGAGAUGAUGCCACCGGAGGACUUCGACGCAAUCCGCAAACAUUUGAGUCCUCAAAUCGUCAAGUUGCAAUAA